ACUGCAUCUACAGCGGCGCUGCGCAUCUUAUUCGGGACCCAUCUCUAUCGGACUCUUGUCUCUAAGUGGUGAUAGCGAAACGAUGUCUUCGGUUGGAGAAGCUGCUUGCUCCUACGCCGCUCUUAUUCUCCAUGAUGAUGGCAUCCCCAUCACCGCUGAGAAAAUUUCAACACUAGUGAAAGCUGCAAAUGUCUCUGUUGAAUCUUACUGGCCAAGCUUGUUUGCCAAGCUUUUUGAGAAGUGCAACAUUGAGGAUCUCAUAACCAAUGUUGGAGCUGGUGGCGGUGGUGCUCCAGUUGCCGCAGGUGCACCUAUUGCUGCUGGUGAUGGAGCUGGUGCUGCUGCUCCACCUCCUGCCGAGGAAAAGAAGAAGGAAGAGCCAGAGGAAGAGAGCGAUGAUGAUUUGGGAUUUGGUUUGUUCGAUUAGGAUCUCACUCCGGUUCGUGUUUUGGUCAUUUACCAGUUAUACUGCUGCAUUUAGGUAGUUUCUGUUUUGAGUUUCACUGUUAUUGGUGUUUUGUGUGGUAAUUAGAAGUAUUAUGUUUUUGUUAUAUGAAUUGACAUCAAGUGGUUGCUCCUUUGCGAGUUCUGUUGUUUGGAAUCUUCCUAUACAUUCAAGUAUUCUAGAUUCUACACUGAUUUUGCGUCGGU